GCCCGGCCAGGCGGGCGACGAGGGCCGGGGAGCCGGUGCGGGCGCAGGCGGGGCCCCUUAGGGCCACCUCCUAGCCCCGCGGCCGCCGCUGGAAGAUGUCUCAGGAGAGGCCCACGUUCUACCGGCAGGAGCUGAACAAGACAAUCUGGGAGGUGCCGGAGCGUUACCAGAACCUGUCCCCGGUGGGCUCCGGUGCCUAUGGUUCCGUGUGUGCUGCCUUUGACACAAAAACUGGGUUACGUGUGGCAGUGAAGAAGCUCUCCAGACCGUUUCAGUCCAUCAUUCAUGCCAAAAGGACCUACAGAGAACUGCGGUUACUUAAACAUAUGAAACAUGAAAAUGUGAUUGGUCUGUUGGAUGUUUUUACACCUGCAAGGUCUCUGGAGGAAUUCAAUGAUGUGUAUCUGGUGACCCAUCUCAUGGGAGCAGAUCUGAACAACAUUGUGAAAUGUCAGAAGCUUACAGAUGACCAUGUUCAGUUCCUUAUCUACCAGAUUCUCCGAGGUCUCAAGUAUAUACAUUCAGCUGACAUAAUUCACAGGGACCUGAAACCUAGUAAUCUAGCUGUGAAUGAAGACUGUGAGCUGAAGAUCUUGGAUUUUGGACUGGCUCGACAUACAGAUGAUGAAAUGACAGGCUAUGUGGCCACUAGGUGGUACAGGGCUCCUGAGAUCAUGCUGAACUGGAUGCAUUACAACCAGACAGUUGAUAUUUGGUCAGUGGGAUGCAUAAUGGCCGAGCUGUUGACUGGAAGAACGUUGUUUCCUGGUACAGACCAUAUUGAUCAGUUGAAGCUCAUUUUAAGACUCGUUGGAACCCCAGGGGCUGAUCUUUUGAAGAAAAUCUCCUCAGAGUCUGCAAGAAACUACAUUCAGUCUUUGACCCAGAUGCCGAAAAUGAACUUUGCAAAUGUAUUUAUUGGUGCCAAUCCCUUGGCGGUGGACUUGCUGGAGAAGAUGCUUGUACUGGACUCAGACAAGAGAAUCACAGCGGCCCAAGCACUUGCACACGCCUACUUUGCCCAGUACCAUGAUCCUGAUGAUGAACCAGUGGCUGAUCCUUAUGAUCAGUCCUUUGAAAGCAGGGACCUCCUUAUAGAUGAAUGGAAGAGCCUGACCUACGAUGAAGUCAUCAGCUUUGUGCCCCCACCCCUUGACCAAGAAGAGAUGGAAUCCUGAGCACCUGGUUUCUGUUUUGUUGAUCCCACUUCACUGUGAGGGGAAGGCCUUUUCAUGGGAACUCUCCAAAUAUCAUUCAAGUGCCUCUUGUUGCAAAGAUUUCCUCCAUGGUGGAAGGGGUGUGUGUGUGCGUGUGUGUGUGUGUGUGCGCGCGUGUGUGUGCGUGUGUGUGUAUGUGUGCGCUCCUGUGCGUGUGCAUGUGUGUGUCUGUCUCUGUGGGGGGUGGGGGGUGGGGGGUAAGAGAAUAUGAGCAAACUAUGAUCACAGUGACUUCACGUGGGGUUCCAGAAGCUCUGUGGCAGCCACUGCUUGCUCUUUGUGAGAGUCAGCUCAGGCAGGCGAGAGCUGCCCUCUGGUUAGGGUUUGUCAAAUGCAAAGUAAAAAAUAUUAAACGUCCCAGAUCCCAGCCAUGCUUUUGCCAUUUUGGCCUCUCCUGUGGCCCCGCCUUGCGGUGGGGGGUAGACGCGCCUGCAUCCCACAGUGGCACAGAGAAGGGGCUCACACUUUCUGGCUGCUUCAGAAGCCGUCCCUCAGCGACACACGCAGCCGAAAAGGACCAACUGGCUUCUGUGCACUAGUCUGUGAUUGACUUUGCUUAAUAUGAGUCUCAGAACUCAGCAGGUAUGUCUGAAACUGUAAAUAUGCUUGUGCCUUAAAAGGAGAGAAGAAAGUGUAGGCAGUUCGAGAGCGCGGCAGAUGAACGUUCUGAGCCAGGCAAGUAGUCAGGUUGUUGGACGGCCACUCGUGAACCCAAAGUAACCAGGGAGCCCCUGGAGGCAUCGUGUGUGCAUGUGCGAGCAUGCGUGUGUGUGUGCUUCUCUCCCCCUCGCCCCCCCAGGUGUUGCCCUCUCUCUGCUCGCCCCCGACCUUCAGUGCCAAGGUCUCACGCAUAUCGGCCCCAGCAGGCAGAAGCCGGUUCUUGCUGUCAGUGUACUUCCUGUGUGCUCUUUAUUCCCAGCAGAGUGAUGAUGUGUUUUGCACGUCUUGCUAUUUGAGCAUGCACAGCUGCUUGUCUGUUCUCUUCGGGAGGCCCUGGUGCCUGGCAGGUUUGCCGGUGAAGACUUCUUGGGUAGUUCAGAGCCCACGUCACCUCGGCCGAUGCCACGGGCAGGUGACAUCCUCUCUCCAGUCCCAGUGCUAUUUUGUGUUGAACACAAUUGAUACUCUAGGUGCUUUUGAUGUGAAAACUAUGAAGAAAUGGAACAGAUGGGUGGAUAGCAUUUUCACUCUUGCCGUCUGGUUUUUGACAAACUAUUUAUAGGGAACCGUCACGGGAAAGAUCAGGGCUCUUCCCGGGAAUAUCUCAGACUUUGAAAAACAAAUUGUUCUCUUCACUCCCAAUAGCCAAUGCUAAGAAAUGCUGAAAAUCAAAGUGAAAAAUAAAAACUCAUGAGGCCAGAAACUCCUUUUGCUAUCUUUGUCUAAACGUGGUUAUUAGAGAAGUAACGAGGUGUCUUUUCCACCCGUCUUUGGGAGAGGGUCUUCUUGGCAGCUUAACAUUGAAAUCUUGGUCUUGGUUGGGAGAAAAAAAUGUUGUUUCAGAAUUUUGUAUAUUGCAGGAAUCCUUUGAGAAUGUGAUUCCAUUUGAUGGGGAGAAAGGGCAAAUUAUUCUAAUAUUUUGUAUUUUCAACUUCAUAAAGAUGAAAUAUCCUCAGGGGUAGAGAAGAGUUGCUUCCUUAAUUUUCUGAAUUUCAGGCAUCUUGUGCCCCCUAAGGGCCCACGUAUUUAAACCUUUUGUGAAAUAAGAAAGCGUAAAGCCACUUCCACUGUUGGUGGCGCGACAAAAUCUUGUAUUUGGGACAAGGUGUAUCCAUUUCUGUAUCACAGUGCCGUGGCGCAUGCCCUCCGGAGGGACGGGGAGCUCCCCUGAGUCAGCUGUGGAGCGAGAAGGAAGGAGGCAGGCUGAUGGGUGACCGCACCUCACCUGAGAUUCUCCCCUCUUUAAAGAAAAAUGGACGCAAAGGCCUCAUCUCCUUUAUGUGCGGUUCAAAUCCUCACAAUCCACAACAAGAUGAAUUUUAUUGGCCGUGUCUGAUUGUAAAUGCUAGUGUGAUUUCCUGAAGAAAUACUGCUCUGAGUAUUUUUCAUAAAGGUCUUUGCACAUGUGAUUGUGUAUGUGUUAGGAGUCUGAAUAUGCUCCAGGAGCCUGGACUCGGCCGGAGCCUGUGGAACAGCUCGUUGGUUUCUGAGCAUCAGGCUCCCAUCUCCUGAUUUCUCUGAACAGAAAGCAAAAGAGAGAAUGAGGGAAACUGCUAUUGUAUUUGUAUUCAUGAACUUGGCUGUAAUCAGUUAUGCCGUGUAGGAUGUCAUACAAUACCACUGGUUAAAAUAAAGCCUAUUUUUCAAAUUUA